GCAGAUAUGGAGUGCGGCGACGUGCCCCUGCUGACCCCCAGCAGUAAGGAGAUGAUGUCGCAGGCUCUCCGCGCCACCUUCAGCGGCUUCACCAAGGAGCAGCAGCGCCUCGGCAUCCCCUUCGAUCCGCGGGAGUGGACGGACGCUCAUGUCAGGGAAUGGGUGUCGUGGGCGGUGAACGAGUUCACGCUGAAGGGGGUGGAGCUACAGAAGUUCUGCCUGAGCGGAGCGUCGCUGUGCGGCCUGGGGAAGGAUCGCUUCUUGGACCUGGCACCGGACUUCGUCGGCGACAUCCUGUGGGAGCACCUGGACAUCCUGCAGAAAGACUCCAAGUUGUAUCAGACGAGUGAGCUGACCCCGGCCUAUCCUGAGCCCAGAUACACCACCGACUACUUCAUCAGUUAUGGAAGCGAACAUGCACAGUGCGUUCCCCCCACGGAGUUCUCAGAGCCCAGCUUUAUCACAGAAUCCUACCAGACCCUCCACCCCAUCAGCUCAGAGGAACUCUUGUCUUUGAAAUAUGAGGCGGAAUACCCCUCCCCCAUCCUGAGGGACCCCCUGCAGCCCGACUCUCUCCAGGGAGACUACUUCACUAUCAAGCAAGAGGUGGUGUCACCGGACAACAUGUGUGUGGGGCGGAUCAGCCGAGGCAGUGGACCCAUCCAGCUUUGGCAGUUCCUCUUAGAGCUUCUGACAGACAAGUCAUGCCAGUCCUUCAUCAGCUGGACGGGGGAUGGCUGGGAGUUUAAACUGUCUGACCCAGAUGAGGUCGCCCGGCGUUGGGGGAAAAGGAAGAACAAGCCCAAGAUGAACUACGAGAAGCUGAGCCGCGGCCUGCGAUACUACUACGACAAGAACAUCAUUCACAAGACGGCCGGCAAGCGCUACGUCUACCGCUUCGUCUGCGACUUGCAAAGCCUUCUGGGAUACGUGCCGGAGGAGCUCCACGCCAUGCUGGAUGUUAAACCGGACAACGACGAAUAGAAACACUGUCAGAGUCUUAUCGGGACAAAGACCAAAGCCCCUCCCCUUUUAGGAAUGUGCCGGACGGACACAAAGGAUUCUGGGAAAGAGGGGUCUCGCCACUGGCCGGCGGGAUUAAGAGACGCGGCUACUUCAGAUGUCAGCUGGCCGUAAAGCUGAACCAGGACCAAGAGAAGGGCAAGUCGAUGGCUUGUUCCAUUCACCAUUCCCCACGCGGUGCCAGUAUUUCCCGACUGAUUAUUUGUAUCCUUAAAAAGUUACAAUGUGCGCAAAAAAAAAAAGAGAAGCAGCUAAAAGCACAGAGUAGCAGCGGCCGCGGCGGAUCCGGAGAAUCAUUACCGCCAGGCUCGGAACCCCCCCUUAAGCCUUGUGCAGGUUUGGUUCUGGAUGUGACCGCAGAGCUCCAUUGUUCAUUGAAUCUUCUCAGGACACGAGUACAAACGCAGCGACCAAACGGCGGCCAAUCCCUCGCCAGUAUUUCACCGCGUCAAAUGCCCUAAGCCCCCCCCCCCC